AGGUGGCGGCGAGCAACGAGGGUUUUUGAAAAACUAUUACCCAAUUUAGUCUCGGGGAGAGCAAACUUCCCUGGGUGAUGCAGGAGAACAUACACUCCCUCUUUUCUGCCCAGAAAAUACAUGAAUUAAGAUGCACUUGAAGAGGGAUUUUAUUUUUUUCGUGAAGUCUGCCCAACAGCCAGGCGUGUUUGACGCAACCGCUGUGCAGUUCUGAAUUUUCUCAUCCCCCCCUAAUUUAUAAGAUUUUUCCUUUUUUCUUUCCUUUCUUGUAUGAGAAGAUUCAUCUUUCAUACGUGCAACUCAUCAGCGUGGACCGAAUUGUCUUUCCAAGUGUGGGAAAGGCGAACUUGGGGUAGACCUGUGGGCAAGGCUAAGGUUAGCAUCCGAAGAAAGUUCAUGCCCUUCAACUUUUCCCUCCUCUAGGAAAGGUCUUCUUGGGCGAGCCUUCACGACGCUUUCAAAUUGCUCUUGAACUCGCGAGUAGCGCUAAGACGGAGGGGACCGAUUUCUGCAGUUGGCCUCAUUAGCUGCCAGGGGAACCUUUGUUUUUUACGUCUGGAGAAAUGGACGAAGACGGUGAAGUAAGUUGAAGUCCGAAGAAAUAAUCAGGGCAUUCCGAAGGCGCUUCAUCCAAACCUUCAUUCCCUGGCGCGUUGUGUAUCUCACCAGCCCUGCAACUCCUAGGAGCCUGGUGUGGAAUUCUUACCUUUUUGGUGUGUGGUGGCAUUUUCCCUCCAAUGUGGACUCCCAAGGGUUGGUCCCUUCUUUGUAAUCUGAAAUGAAAUGAUGGCCACACGUCGGACUGGUCUGCCGGAGAAAGAUGGUGACAAGCUCAAGGCCUGCGGGUCCCUGGCCUGCGAGGUAUCAAAAAGUAAAGAUGGAAAAGAAGAAAGUGAAACUGUAUCACCAUCCGAAGAUGAAGCGUUCUCCUGGCCAGGUCCCAAAACAGUUAUGUUGAAAAGAACAUCUCAAGGUUUCGGUUUUACAUUAAGGCAUUUUAUUGUUUAUCCCCCAGAGUCUGCAAUUCAAUUUUCAUACAAGGAUGAAGAAAAUGGCAACAGAGGAGGAAAACAAAGGAACCGCCUGGAACCCAUGGAUACCAUCUUUGUUAAACAGGUGAAGGAGGGAGGACCUGCUUUUGAAGCUGGAUUAUGCACAGGUGACCGAAUUAUAAAAGUCAAUGGAGAAAGUGUUAUCGGAAAGACUUAUUCCCAAGUAAUUGCUUUAAUCCAGAACAGUGAUACAACAUUGGAACUUAGUGUUAUGCCAAAAGAUGAAGACAUUCUCCAAGUGCUACAAUUUACAAAGGAUGUCACAGCUCUGGCGUAUUCUCAAGAUGCCUACCUGAAAGGCAAUGAAGCCUACAGCGGCAAUGCCCGCAACAUACCCGAGCCCCCACCGAUCUGCUACCCCUGGCUUCCGUCCGCCCCUUCAGCCAUGGCGCAGCCCGCUGAAACAGCUCCUCCAGACUCCUCCUCCAGCAAACAGCAAACCAGUCCACCAGUACUGACGCAGCCCAGCAGGGCCUACCGGAUGGAAAUCCAAGUGCCUCCAUCACCCCCAGAUGUGGCCAAGUCAAACACAGCAGUGUGUGUCUGCAAUGAAAGCGUAAGGACUGUCAUUGUACCUUCUGAGAAGGUUGUAGAUUUGUUACCUAAUAGGAACACCCACACGGUUCCCUCGCACAGAACUGAAGAGGUGAGGUAUGGCAGAAAUGAGCAGACCUCUUUAAAAACGGCGUCAAGAACCACAUCACCACCGUCGUCAGUUCCCACUGCCCAUCUAAUUCAUCCAGCCGGCUCCAGGUCGUUGGAACCUUCCGGGAUUUUACUGAAAUCUGGCAAUUACAGCGGACACGCAGAGGGACCAUCAAGCAAUAGAUCUCCAGCUGUGGAUUCGCCUUCUGUAUCUGUCAAUCACUAUUCUCCAAAUUCCCAUCAGCACAUAGACUGGAAAAACUAUAAAACUUACAAAGAGUACAUUGAUAACAGGCGGUUGCACAUAGGUUGUCGGACAAUUCAGGAAAGGUUAGACAGUUUGAGAGCAGCCUCUCAGAGCACAGCAGACUACAACCAGGUGGUACUGAACCGCGCCGCUCUGCAGGUACGACGUCGGAGCACCUCUCAGGACCGAGUGCCCCAGUCCGUUCAGAUCCGGCAACGCAGCGUGUCCCAGGAGAGGCUGGAGGACUCCGUGUUAAUGAAGUAUUGCCCGAGAAGUGCAUCUCAAGGAACGCUGACGUCUCCAUCUGUUAGUUUUAGUAAUCACAGAACUCGCUCGUGGGAUUAUAUCGAGGGACAGGGUGAAACUUUAGAAAACGUCCAUUCUGAACGUCCGCCCCCUGAUUCAAAUGGAGACCGAAAGCAGACUUACAAGUGGAGCGGGUUUACCGAACAGGACGAUCGGCGAGGUAUUUAUGAGAGACCCAGGCAGCCAGAAAUUCACAAGUCUUUUCGGGGUUCCAAUUUUACGGUGGCUCCAAGCCUUGUGAAUUCUGACAACCGUCGGGUGAGUGGCCGAGGGGCGGGAUCGGUGUCUCAGUUUAAAAAAAUUCCGCCAGAUCUAAAGACACUGCAGGCAAACCGAAAUUUUCAGACUACUUGUGGGAUGUCCCAUCCUCGAGGUAUUUCACAGGACAGGUCACCUCUUGUGAAAGUCCGAAGUAAUUCUCUGAAAGCGCCUUCUACGCAUGUCACAAAACCCCCCUCCAGCCAGAACUCAUUUAUUUCUAUUAAAGACCAAAGACCAGUAAAUCAUUUGCAUCAAAACAGCCUACUGAAUCAGCAGACAUGGUUAGGGGCUGAAAGUGCUCCUGGUCACCAGGUGGACACCGGGAAACCCCCUUCUCUAUCUGAAGCUUCUGUUAAGCUCACACCUCUGAUGAAUGAGAGUUCUGGCACACCAGAUUCAGAGUUACCCAUCACUCAAAGGAAUCAAGAUUUAAAUUUACAGGAGGCUGAAGUUCAGCAGUCCAGUGCUGUAGAAAAUAAAGAAACUGUCAUCCUAAGAGAAAAGCCUCCAUCUGGUCGCCAGACACCACAGCCUUUGAGGCAUCAGUCCUACAUCUUGGCAGUGAACGACCAGGAGACGGGGUCAGACACCACUUGCUGGCUGCCCAAUGAUGCACGCCGUGAGGUCCACAUAAAAAGGAUGGAGGAAAGGAAGGCCUCGAGUACCAGCCCACCCGGUGACUCCUUGGCUUCUAUCCCAUUUAUAGAUGAACCAACUAGCCCCAGCAUCGAUCAUGAUAUUUCGCACAUCCCUGCUUCUGCUGUCAUCUCGGCCUCUACCUCCCAGGUCCCCUCCAUAGCAACCAUCCCUCCCGGCCUCACAACGUCAGCUCCUUUAAUCCGACGUCAGCUGUCCCACGACCAGGAAUCUGUUGGACCCCCCAGCCUGGACGGCCAGCCCAGCUCAAAGACAGAACGAUCAAAAUCAUACGACGAGGGCCUGGAUGAUUACCGAGAAGAUGCAAAAUUGUCCUUUAAGCAUGUAUCUAGCCUGAAGGGAAUCAAGAUAAUCGACAGCCAGAAGUCGUCAGAAGACUCUGGAUCCAGGAAAGAUUCUUCCUCAGAGGUUUUCAGCGAUGCUGCCAAGGAAGGGUGGCUUCAUUUCAGGCCACUUGUCACCGAUAAGGGCAAGCGGGUUGGCGGAAGUAUUCGGCCAUGGAAGCAGAUGUAUGUUGUUCUUCGAGGUCACUCUCUGUACCUGUACAAAGAUAAACGCGAGCAGACCACUUCGUCUGAAGAGGAGCAGCCCAUCAGUGUGAACGCGUGCCUCAUAGACAUCUCCUACAGCGAGACCAAGAGGAGGAACGUGUUCCGACUCACCACCUCUGACUGCGAGUGCCUGUUCCAGGCUGAAGACAGGGACGACAUGUUAGCCUGGAUCAAGGCCAUCCAGGAGAGCAGCAACCUCAACGAAGAGGACACUGGAGUCACUAACAGGGAUCUGAUAAGUCGAAGAAUAAAGGAAUAUAACAGCCUGAUGAGCAAAGCGGAGCAGGUGCCCAGGACGCCCCGGCAGAGCCUCAGCAUCCGGCAGACCCUGCUGGGUGCCAGAGCGGAGCCUCGGACGCAGAGUCCGCACUCGCCCAAGGAGGAGCCGGAAAGGAAGCUUCUCAGCAAAGAGGACACCAGUCCCCCGAAGGACAAGGGCACGUGGAGAAAAGGCAUUCCAAGUAUUAUGCGGAAGACAUUUGAAAAAAAGCCCACAGCUACAGGAACCUUCGGGGUCAGACUGGACGACUGCCCGCCAGCCCACACUAACCGGUAUAUUCCAUUAAUAGUUGACAUAUGCUGCAAAUUAGUUGAAGAAAGAGGUCUUGAAUAUACAGGCAUCUACAGAGUUCCUGGAAACAACGCGGCCAUCUCAAGCAUGCAGGAGGAACUCAACAAGGGAAUGGCGGACAUUGACAUCCAAGACGAUAAAUGGCGAGAUUUGAACGUCAUAAGCAGUUUAUUAAAAUCCUUCUUCAGAAAACUCCCUGAACCUCUCUUCACAAAUGAUAAAUAUGCCGACUUUAUUGAAGCCAAUCGUAAGGAGGAUCCUCUAGAUCGUCUGAAAACAUUAAAAAGACUAAUUCACGAUUUGCCUGAACAUCAUUAUGAAACACUCAAGUUUCUUUCGGCUCAUCUGAAGACAGUGGCAGAAAAUUCAGAAAAAAAUAAGAUGGAACCAAGAAACCUAGCCAUCGUGUUUGGUCCAACUCUCGUGAGGACAUCGGAAGAUAACAUGACCCACAUGGUCACACACAUGCCGGAUCAGUACAAGAUUGUGGAGACCCUGAUCCAGCACCAUGACUGGUUUUUCACAGAAGAGGGUGCGGAAGAACCUCUUACGACAGUGCGGGAGGAAAGCACAGUAGACUCCCAGCCAGUGCCAAACAUAGAUCAUUUACUCACCAACAUUGGAAGGACCGGAGUCUCCCCUGGAGAUGUAUCAGAUUCAGCCACUAGUGACUCAACCAAAUCUAAGGGUUCUUGGGGAUCCGGAAAGGACCAGUACAGCAGGGACCUGCUUGUGUCCUCCAUCUUUGCGGCCGCCAGUCGCAAGAGGAAAAAGCCGAAAGAAAAAGCACAACCCAGCAGCUCAGAAGACGAACUGGACAAUGUGUUUUUUAAGAAAGAAAACGCAGAGCAGUGUCACAGCGAUAUUAAAGAAGAGACCAAGAAAGACAGCGAGACCCCGGGCAGGAAACAGAGGACGGUCCCUUCCAAGGAGAGCAACGCCAGGAAGGACGCGGGCGCAGCCAAGGACGAGAAGGCAGGGGCGCGGAGGGAGAGCGCGCCGGCGGGGGAGCCCGCGCCCCCGCACAGCGCCAAGCAGCCCAAGUCGCCCACCCCGAGCUGUCGCCUCGCCGUCCUGCGGGAGAGCCCCAGGUCCCUCGCCACGCAGAAGGCCUCGCACGUGGAAGACGCGGGCUCCGACUCCGGCACGCUGCUUAGCGCUUACGCCCAGGCAUCCCUGGCCAGGCUUUCCACCAGGAAGUCCACCAGCCCCGAGACGAAGCGCGGCGAGUACCUGGCCAACGUCAGCACCGUCACCUCCGACUGCUCCUCGACGUCGUCUGCCACCUUCCCGACCGGCCUGGACUCCAGCCGGCUGAGCCCCGAGGUGCAGUCGGUGGCGGAGAGUAAAGGGGACGAGGCCGACGACGAGAGGAGCGAGCUGGUCAGCGAAGGGCGGCCGGUGGAGACGGACAGUGAGAGCGAUUUCCCUGUCUUCCCCGCGGCCCUGCCGUCGGACAGGCUCUUCCGGGGAAAGCUGCAAGAGGCCCCUAAGACGAGCCGGAGAAAUUCGGAAGGCAGUGAAGUUAGCUGUACCGAGGGAAGCUUAACACCCAGCCUAGAGAGCCGGAGGCAGCUCUUCAGUUCCCAUAAACUGAUAGAGUGUGACACGCUGUCCAGGAAAAAAUCUGCUAGAUUCAAGUCGGACAGCGGGAGCCUAGGGGACACCAAGAACGAGAAGGACACCCCUUCGAUCACGAAAGUGUUCGAUGUUAUGAAAAAAGGAAAAUCGACAGGGAGUUUGCCGACACCACCAGCCCGAGGCGAAUCCGAGAAACAGGAGCCCACGUGGAAAACAAAAAUAGCCGAUCGGUUAAAACUGAGGCCCAGAGCGCCGGCAGAUGACAUGUUUGGGGUAGGAAAUCAAAAACCCAGCGCCGAUCCUGCCAAAAGGAAAAACAUCAAACGUAGACACACGCUGGGAGGGCACAGGGAUGCUACUGAAAUCAGUGUUUUGAAUUUUUGGAAGGCGCAGGAGCAGAGUGGGGAGAGAGAGCCGGAACUUUCAGCUGUGAACCGGCUGAAGCCGAAAUGCUCAGCCCAGGACCUGUCCAUCUCGGACUGGCUGGCCAGGGAGCGCUUACGCACCAGCACGUCCGACCUGAGCAGAGGGGACGCGGGGGACGCGGCGCCCGAGGGCGGCAGCACGUUCCGGGCUCCCGCGGCGGACCCAGCUCGGUCCUCUCAGUCCGAUGCAGGCGGUUCUCCCAGCACCUUGGCUUCAACCUCCAGGCCCCCGGUUUCCAUUCCACCACCGUCACCCGACCAAAUAAACGGAGAAAGCUUCCAGAACACGAGCCAGCAUGCUGGCUCUCCCGCUACCGCCCAACCUCAUCACCUGUCGGAAACCCCAGGCAGUAAAGCACAUCCCUGUCUUUAAACUGGGGGUACGUCCCCUCGAGCGAAUCAGAGCUACUGUUACACGUUCCGGUCACUCUGUAAAUAUUUUCUUGUACCAGAAUUGUUAUUAUGCAGCCUUCAUUUGGGCUGGUUUCAUCAUUUUGCACUGUGAAAGAGCUUUACAGUGCAUUACUACAGCCAGAAGAACAUAUAUAAAUAUAUAUAUAUAUAUAUUUAAAAAUAUAUUGGAUAGUUGUAUACAAAUGAGGAAGGUAUUUGUUGCAACUCACCACAUAGUGUAAUACCCAAGAUUACUGAAGAAAAUAGCUGUCACCAGGAUGCAGCAAGCCUGUUCUUUUGAUCUCAUCACUAACAGAAGUGCCUCAUCAUAAAAACACAUUUGGUUUUUAGGGUGCCAUACUGUUAAAAUUAGGUAACUUACAAUGAGUAAACAAAUGCGUCCGAUUGGUAACAAGUUUCAUUACAUUUACCAGUUUUAACACAGGUGGAUACAGAACUUCCAUUCUUUAGUCAUUCCAGGCGGAUCUCUGAGUUUUAUAUUCAAACUUUUAAUACAGUUUUUGAGUUUUGUGUGACUUGAAUUUUUAAUCUUUCUGUAAAAUACGUAACUUAAAUGAACAUAUUAUAUGUGUAUCUUUUCUUCAGAUACCAGAUUUGAUAUAAAUGUUGUAACAUAGGUGUGUAGAUAGUGAUCUGGAUGGAACUGGCUUCUUUAUGGAGAAGAAUAUAAUUCUGCAUGAGGACUUAAUGGAUCCAAACCUGUGUCAUGCCUGUGUGCAUACCCAAUUAAACACUGGAAAUAAAAAUUGUUUUGGUGAA